AUGCUGCUCAGAUUGAACUACUAUGAAGUUCACAUUUUAUUAUUUUUAAUAAAAUAUUAUUUCAAUCAGAUUUAUGAUGAAAAUGGUAUUUUUUUGGAAUGUUGUCGAGAGCGAGGAUUGCCAGAUGUGUGCUUAAAAAAAUGCUCUUAUCUUACUUAUAAUCAGAAUACUCUUCGAAAUAUGUUUCUACGAUUAGAUUCCUGUCCAAUUCAGGCAGCUAAUGAUAUUCACUUUUGCGCAGCACAAGGUCAUGACCAUAGACAGUGCUGUGCCAUGAAUGAGGUCACAUCAACUUCAGCUCACCAAAAGUGCUUAAUAUUUUGUGAUCAAAGGCCAACGAGUGAAAUCCAAUUAAAUCUAUCGUAUUUGCCUUGUAUUGAACGAUUUGAAAAUAUUAAAGGAUGUUUUUGGCGUUGGGCUCAAAAGCAGUACAAAUUUGCAAAAGACGCGAUGAUGGAAGCUAGGAUACGUGACUCUCGACGUCUAAUUAAUCCUCUAGCUCAGACAGAAACUGAUUCUCGACCACCAUCACCUUUUAGCAAUCGCUAA